GCUGUCCCAAGAUGGCAGCUUCCUUAGGAGGGAUGUUCGCGGCUCAGCAACCGGGGCCCCCUCCGCCGCCUGCGCCCCCAGGACCCCCCGGGAGCUCGGGACAAGUUGCGUUGCUUCCGACGGCGGCUGGCGGUCCGAGGAGCUCUAAUAGUACUUUAGUGGACGAGUUGGAAGCGUCUUUCGAGGCUUGUUUUGCUUCCCUGGUGAGUCAGGAUUAUGUCAAUGGCACUGAUCAGGAGGAAAUCAGAACUGGUGUUGAUCAGUGUAUUCAAAAGUUUCUAGAUGUUGCAAGACAAACAGAGUGCUUUUUCCUUCAGAAAAGAUUACAGCUGUCUGUCCAGAAACCAGAGCAAGUUAUUAAAGAGGAUGUCUCAGAAUUAAGAAAUGAAUUACAAAGAAAAGAAGCGCUGGUCCAGAAGCAUUUGGCAAAGCUCAGGCACUGGCAGCAGGUCCUAGAAGAGAUCAACAUUCAACAUAAAAAGCCUGCAGACAUACCUCAAGGACCAUUGGCAUACCUUGAACAGGCAUCAGCUAACAUUCCUGCCCCCAUGAAGCAAACAUGACUCUUUGUUGUCUCCACUUACAAAAGGAUUAAACUAAGAUUUACUUAUUUGUAAUUUUAAUGGAAUCUGCGAAAUAUUGAUGUACAGAGUAUUUUGUUUAAAAAAAUUCAACUUUGCCAAAUAUUCUUUUCUUUUUCUAUGUAGAGUUUCUUAAAGUGUAUUUCUGUAAAUUGUCUGAAAUGCAUAUUGUUUUGGUAAACUAAAAUUAGUUGCUUUGUUAUCACUUAGAUGCCUUUUGGUUUUGUCUUAGGGAAAGUGAGUUACUUGGGCAAAGGUUACUGCCAUUAACGUUUAUGGAUAAUUAAAUUGACCAUUUGGAAUUUGUUUUCUAAAGAAAUUUCUAAAAUAUUCCAACUAAAGCAUUUUUAUUUGAGAAAA